GGUAAACAAAUAAAAUUUAUUUAUAAUUAUUCAAAGUUAGAUUUAAUUUAAAAAAUGCCAGAAGUAAAACUAAAACUUCUUUCGGGAGGUACAAUCAUUUUGGCAGAUUGUGUGGGAUAUGAAAGUGAGUUGUUUGUCCCAGCAAUUAUAAAUAAUCGCAUUGUCCUCCAAAAUGCUGUGGUAUCGAGAGACUGCCGCCCUUGGAAUUCCAUUGAAUCUGGAAAAACCUUAGUUAAAAACAAUUCAAGUACUAAUUAUGUAAAGAAAUUAUCCAUUAAUCGACAAGUACCACUCGCCAAUAGUACACCAACCCCAGCUGUGAAGACUUGCAAGGAGAGCAUAAGCAUCACUGUGAAUUCAAAUCCAAACUAUACUAGAAAGCCCACUUUGCUAUAUAACUCAUCUGAAAUGAAGUUUCCUUCAGAACUGACUAUUGAACCUUUGUAUAAAUCCCAAAAUACAAAACUUCCUAAUAAAAUAGCAAGAGUAACACCCACAGCAUUCACAAACUUGCCACAAUCUGCUGAAUUCACUCGCAGCAUGAUGAAUAGAUUGCCUACACCUGAUAUUGUUCGGCGAGCUCCGAUACAAUGUCAAAACGACACAAUUCCUCUGCCUGAACAUCCGCAAAUAACAGGACUUAAAAUUGUACGCUUGCAUAGAGUCAACACUCCAAACACACCUAAAAAUCUCGCAAAGAUCGUGAGAUCCAAGACACCUUUGGCAAACUCUGCUAGUCCACGAGUUCUAAGAAAUUUAACAAAUCUCUCCAGUUUUGGAAGUCCGCCAACCAUGAGUAGAACAAAGGAAAUAAAUUCGUUUGACUGUGCGACACCAAAUCAAUCAUUUCUUGCAAACAAAAUUAAAACUCCCGAUACUACAACGAAAUGGCGAAAAUGUAUAACACCUAAAAGAACAUAUAUUCGUCAUAGCAAUGGGCAAAAGCCCAUAAACAAAACUAUCAAACUAGAACCUCUGCAGACAACAAAAAAUGGAAAGUUCGUAGAGAGCUAUAGACUGCCUACUAAGAUCAAAAACCCAAUUAUUAUUAAGCGACGUAAAUUAAUCAUAGAUAACGAUGUUAAAAUAACUCCUCGCAAAUUCAAAAAACAACUUACAAAUACCGAGGAUUUGAAUCGAAGUAAAAAAUUCAACCUACCAAAAAGUCGAAGACAUUAUCAUAUCUCACACAUGACUGCGUUUGAUUUACUAACAAAUUCAGGUUUUCAUCCAAGAAUCGGGAAUCAACUGAAUACGCUAUUUCGUCAAGGUUGUGUGAACAAACAUGCCGAAACAAUUCUUAAAUAUAAGCAACUAACUAAUGACUUACCUUUAUUAAGGGUAUGCAAGUACAAUUCAAUGUAAAGCUAUUAUUUGUAAUAACUUAAUUUGAAAAAAUAAAACAUAUCGUUAAA